AACAGUGUUCUGUGGUAAAGUUUUGCUAGCGUUUGAAACCUCUUGAAGCAAUAAUAUGUCUCAAAUGAAUAUUUGCCGUCUUCUAUGGGGAUAAAAUUUUAGCUCGAGUAUUAAUACGCCCGGAAUUCAGGAUAUCGAUCUAUUGUACUUUUUACACGUUUAUCCAACCUCUCAUUGUUGAGGAAAAGGGACCCUUCUGUAUCGUUGCUUUCUGCGCGGCUGAAAUUUCCAAGCGUCGAGCCGCAGUAGAUGUCGAGGAAUUGACGGUAAUCUGGAGUUGAAAGAUGUUUCGCUUAUGGAAGCGCUUGACACCCCUCGCGCGUAAUAACAACAUCAACGAAGCAAUAUCUUCGCAAAAACGGCACUAUGCGGCUGUCAAAGAAUUCCAAUCUCCGAUCAGUGAUGAAUAUAAAAAAGGCCCUACAGAAGGACGUUCCCUUUAUAUGGAUGCCCAGGCUACAACUCCCAUGGAUCCCAGAGUAUUAGAUCAGAUGCUGCCGUACUUCACAACUUACUAUGGAAAUCCACACUCCAGGACACACAUGUACGGCUGGGAAACAGAGGCAGCGGUUGAACAGGCUCGCAAGGAAGUAGCAGAUCUAAUUGGAGCUGAUCCUAAGGAGAUCAUUUUUACCUCUGGCGCUACCGAGUGCAACAAUAUAUCUGUCAAAGGUGUGGCAAGAUUUUAUAAACAGAAAAAAAAGCACGUUGUGACGACACAGACUGAACACAAAUGCGUUCUCGACUCUUGCAGAGCACUGCAAGUUGAAGGAUUCGAUGUGACCUACCUGCCGGUAAAACCUAACGGCCUUAUAGAUCUGGAAGAACUUGAAGCAGCCAUGAGACCUGAUACGUCACUCGUUUCAAUAAUGACGGUCAACAACGAAAUCGGUGUACAGCAACCCGUCAGUGAGAUCGGAGCCCUAUGCAGAAGAAAAAAAGUGUUCUUUCAUACAGACGCGGCACAAGCUGUCGGCAAAAUUCCAAUCGAUGUGAAUGAGAUGAACAUAGAUCUAUUAUCUAUCAGUGGCCACAAGCUUUAUGGCCCUAAAGGUAUAGGAGCUCUGUAUGUAAGACGCAGGCCAAGAGUUCGCGUAGAAGCUCUGCAGAGCGGCGGGGGUCAGGAGAGAGGGAUGAGAAGCGGCACUCUACCAGCACCUUUAGUAGUAGGACUUGGAGCAGCAUGUUCACUGGCACAAAGGGAAAUGGCGUACGACCAUAAGUACAUUGAAGGCCUUUCGGACCAUCUGAUUGAGAAGAUAAUGAGCAAUUUAACGAAUGUAGUGCGAAACGGUGAUUCAGUCUCGUGGUAUCCUGGAUGUGUGAAUCUCUCCUUUGCCUUUGUGGAAGGGGAAUCCUUGCUUAUGGCUUUAAAAGACGUAGCAUUGAGCAGCGGUUCUGCUUGCACUAGCGCUAGUCUAGAGCCAAGCUAUGUUUUACGGGCUAUUGGUGCCGCAGAGGAUCUAGCUCAUUCCAGCAUAAGGUUUGGAAUUGGACGGUUUACCACCAUGGAAGAAAUCGACUACACCGCUGAUAAUAUUAUACGACAUGUCAAAAGACUUAGAGAGAUGAGUCCCUUAUGGGAAAUGGUGCAAGAAGGAAUCGAUAUAACGUCUAUAAAAUGGACGCAGCACUGAAUGUUGGGUCUGCAGGAAGCCUGAAGAGUUGUUUGUAAUAAGGUACCUAAUUUAUAACAUGUAUAGUCAACUUUUAAGUUUGAAGAUAUUGAAAUCAAAUUUGGCAUGUAGUAUAAGAACUAAAGAUAGAUAAAUGAAUAAAUUUUUAUUUUGAAAAUUUA